AUGCUUGGAGACAGCAGUGACAUUAACAAUGCUAUUAACUGUGUAUUGUAUUUUCACAGGUAUCCAAAUUAUGAAUUUAUCAGUGAUAACUCCAUAUCCUGGUCAGCAGGACUCCAUAACCGAUACACUGAAAACUCCCUAAGAGGUGUCAUUCUGGAUAUUCACUUUUUGUCUCAGGCAGACUUCCUGGUCUGUACAUUUUCAUCCCAGGUUUGUCGAGUUGCCUAUGAAAUUAUGCAGACAUUGCAUCCAGAUGCUUCGGCGUAUUUCCAUUCUUUGGAUGAUAUCUACUACUUUGGGGGACAGAAUGCUCACAACCAGAUUGCUAUUUAUGCUCAUCAUCCACGAACUGCUGAUGAAAUUCCUAUGGAACCUGGAGAUAUAAUUGGAGUAGCUGGAAACCACUGGGAUGGUUAUUCAAAAGGCAUCAAUAGGAAAUUAGGAAGAACAGGCCUGUACCCAUCCUAUAAAGUUAAGGAGAAAAUUGAGACAGUCAAGUAUCCUACAUACCCAGAGGCUGACAAGUAGAUUAAAAGGAAGACAUUCAGAAGUUAUUAUAAUAAAACUCAGUUUUGAUUGGUUCAAACCAGUCAACAACACACUAACUAUUGGUUUCUAUGGGAUUCGAAUUUGCAUUUUAUCAUGCGGUUAAAAUCAAAGCCUUUGCAAUGAAACUGGAGAAGAAACUGAGAACAAGUGGAUGGGCUGUUGUCUGAACUUACUCUUAAACAUUUUUGUUAUAUGCACUCUCACACAUGCACACACAAUCCCACGUACAACAGGAAAACUGUUGUUUUAUACUUCUUGUCUCUUUUCAGGAGUUGUCCCAGUCAUUAGUCUUACGUGAGCUUUGGGCUCUUUCCUCCACCAUUGACAAUAAUGUUCAGACUUAUAACACUGCCACAUUGUGUAAUUUGAGUGACAUGAACAUAUUUUGUAUGUGCAAAAUUUGAAACAUGGUGCCUAUAUUUGAAAAGUUUGUGACCUUUUUAGAAGAGCCAUGCCUGUUUCACAAUGGGCAAGAGUCCACUUUCAUCUGGUGUUACCAUGACCACUGAACUUGCUUCAAACAACAGAUUCAGAUUUCAGACUAGAUUUCUUUACAAGUAUGGGGUUUUUUUAGCAUUCCAUUGAUUACUUCUCAUAAUUAAUAAAAUAAAGGUUACAUUCAACAAUGAAGUAGUCACUGUCUCUUAGGAGCUUUUGUAAACAAUGCCAUGAACAGAUUCUUUAGUACUGGUAAUUUCUAGACAUUGCCUUAGACUGAAAAAAUUCAACAACACAAAAUCCACAAAAGAAGGAAAAGCUAGCUGGAGUUUCAUUGAAAUUUAAAGCACUUGUGUAGUACAGCAGUUGUGUAGGGCACAGUGCUGCUCAGCUUUGUGGACAGUAGGUUACAGCAGGAUUACUUCAGUGGCUAAAUUGCUUACAUUUACACUCUGACACAAUUUCCUUACCUUUUCUGUUUCUCUUCCGAAAAUAAUUCAGGGUUUAGGUUAUUAUGGAUGGCCACUUAGCAUUUUGGCAUUGAAUGUAAUUACUUCUAAGUAAAAUACUUCAGGUUAUCCCAUUUAUAGAACCUGUCAGUCUGGACUACUUUAAAAAAAUCUAACAGCUUACCCAAAAAUAGUAGGUUACAAUAAAAUAUACAAGGAUGAAUUUUUAUGCAUGUCAUAAGAUUGUUAGUAAUUCUUAGUGUUUUGAAAUCUCUUGCCAGUCAGCUCUCAUUAAGAAAAGAGAUAAUUUACAAAAUAAUUUUACAAAUAAAUUCAUAGAUUUGAUGGUUGUAUAUAUAGAUACAUAUAAUAUGUAAGAUGACAAGAGAUUGUUUCCAAAUUAAAAAAAAUAUUUAAUAGCAUUUUAUAGCUUCCAGUGCAAUCCAGUUUGGAUUACUGGAAGUACAGAAAUGUUUACUGUCCAGAGACUCAGAAAAUGCCACAUGAGUAAAGGUUAAAACAGCAUGGCUAGUUGACCUUAGCACAGCAAAAGUAUAUUUAAUUACGUUUAUGAAUAGACCAAGGACAGUGUUAAAAUAAUGAAUGGAUGCACUUGACCAUGAAUAAAUUUUAGGCUGAAAACUAAAAGGAAAUCUCUGGCAAUGUGCAGUUCAGCAGCAGGCUUCCAAUUGAAAUAGUGGUGAGAUGGAACUGGAUUGGUAUGUGAAGGAAUUACAAAGCAGUACUUUCUGGCAUUACUUGCAGGACUGAGCCUGUAAAUCCCCUCCAGUAACGUGUCCUUCAACUGAAAAAUUAUUUUGUCUCUUGACAAAAAUAACAAAAUCAAAGCUGAAAAUCUCUGGGGGGAAAAAGAUACAUUUACUGUAGUGUUAAAUAGACAUAUCUGUGAAAAUGAGCUUGGAUACCAAUUGAGAUUUAAAGACUGAUUGAAGGGUAAUGGAAAAUUAGUAAGAGCAGCCAGGAAGUGCGAAAGAUGAAUUUUUGUGACAAAAGAUGCCUAGAGUCAUCUGGCGUUUCUGUAUUUUGGAGCUACCAAGGAAGCAAUUUUAUGUUAGUUUCCUGCCUAAGUGAUGCUGGCAAAUUUUCCAGUAAUUCAGGCAAAUGUGGUAUUUCAGAGGUACAAAUGCAGGCUAAAUAAUAAUUAUUUUUUUUUAUACUUUAUUUUGAAUUGUACAUAUAAAGCCACUACUGCUUUCCUUUUCAACUUGAAAAAAAAAUCCAAACCCCUGAACAUUUCUUCCUCAGCAAUUAAGUCAAUGCAUUUUAUUUUUGGGAAAAACUAGUUUAAUUGUUUCUCCACAAAUACUACAUUAGCUAAUUUAUAUAGGUUUAUAGAUUUUGAAAAUGUUCUGUUUUUAAGCUGUUUACUUACAGCUUCAGAGCCCAUCAUUUCUAGCUCAUUUCUUAGAGUGUGAUUCAGAAAUAAUAUUCAGAAAUAAAUUAACACUAAAAUCUUUCUGUAGUCAGGUAGCUGAGUUAAAAAUACAACAGAAGAAGGUAAAUAACAGAAUACCUAAGGUGAGCCCAAAGGUGAAAGCAGAUCUUCUGGUGUGGUAAUGACAAAACAGAACACUGGUGUUGUAGAAGCUGCACCUAUAAAAUGUGGCAAUUCCUCAGCAGACUGUAUCUGACAAAGCAUUGGCAUGGCACACAUGCUUCCUUACAUAUUCUAAGUACCUAAUGAAUAAUUAGGUCAUCAUCUUUGAGAAAAUGAUACAAAAUUAUAGCAUUACUGUUAAUAAUUCAGAAAUGUAUGACUAGAUGCUAUGAUCUUAUUCCCCUGAGUCAUAUGAUCCUCUAGUGCUUGAAGUUGAGUACUUCUCAGAGGAAGAAAUCUAGCAAUACCCUGCUUGCUAGAUGCAUGUUUCUAGAGAUUUGUUUCCUUUAAGACUACCAAUUAGUUAUAUUUUGGAAUCCUGGGACAUUGGUACAUGAAAACUGAUUUUGUUUUAUAUUGAACAAAAUGAAUACUUGAGACUUUGUUCUCGGUGUAGUCAGGUCUAUAUUAAUAGAAGGAUUGAUGAGUACAUGGAAAAGAGACCCCCAGAUUUUUAUUGUAGCUCACAGAAAAGUGAAAUAAUAGGAAAUAAAAAUUUUGUCUUGAAUACCUGGGAUAAAGCUGAAUCUUUUGAAGGCUAUGAACUCAUUAAGUUACUAGCCAGAAUGCCUGUGAGGAAGCAAGCAUACACUGUGUUUCUUCUGUUUAUCUUGUAGCUCUGCAGCAAUUUAGUCUUGUAAUUUUUGCCUCAUACCAAACCACCUUCUCUGCUAUCCAUGAAACAAUAAGCCUUCAGACGCCCUUAAACAAGCACUGUUUAAUUAAAUUUUUUCUCUCUAAGAAACUUUGGUGCGUGUGUUUGCGUUGUAUGCAUGUUGCAUACAUAAAACCCAAUAUGAACAGCACUCUUGCGUUCUUUGUGAUUUUGUGUUACCACCGUCACAUUCUCUGUAAAAACUUACUCGCCAGCUAAAUGUAACCUUUGGAAACUUUGUAUUCUACGUGCUGCUUGGAAGCUAAGAAAUUUAUUCUGAGUGGCUCAGUUAACUGGUCUUCUGUGACAUUGAUGUACCACUGACCUGAGUUCUUGAUUUUCAAGCCAGCCUGUGGUCAAAUGCGUGGGAUUUACAGGCUCUCUCUACCACCAUCCUGCCCAUGUGAGCUGCUGAGUAUUAUGGAUUUGUUAAUGAAAAGUGAUAUUUUAUUUCAAAGUUUUUACAUAUUUUUAAAUGUUUACCUUCAGAUAGGUCUUUUUGUUUAAUUCUUCUAUCACUGAACUUUAAGAAAACUAGGGAAAACAAAGAUUUUUCUCCUUUAUCAAUUUUCUGAAAGGAGAUCUGGUGGUACCUUUUUUUACAGAGAGAUAUUCACAAUGUAAAUGUUUACUUCAUAAUGGGUUUUAUGUUUCUUUGGUUUGCAAUUGUGAAAUAAGGGUCUUCUGAGCUAGGAACAUAAUAGAAAAUAAGUGGAAAAUUUUCAUGACAAAUUCUUGAUAGGGGGAGGGAGAUUUUUCUUCCUGCCAGUGGAAUAGCACCUACCAUUUGGAACCUUUUCAUAACAGUGAAUCGAACUUAGUUUUUCCAGGUCAUUAGUUUCUUCACAAUGUAAUCUCUGACGUGACAGAGGAAUCCAGAUUAAAAUAAUUUGCUUAGUUUGGGAAAUGGGAAGGAGAGAGAGUCUAGUAAAACAUGAUAUUGUGGUUUUAAUAUGAGUUGCUAUAUCACCUUAUAAAGCCACAAAUAAACAUUUCUGUAUUGGGUGAAGGAUCUCAGCUAGUGAAAUCGUGUAUAGAAUUUGCAACCCUCCUUUUGAUUUUGCCUAACACCAGUCCAAGUUGUGUAUAAACAUCGUGGGCAUAUUCUGAUUCUUGUUUGUUAUUAUUGAAACUACAGUUUCAUUCCUAUUUUGGUGGCAUGGGAGCAGGUUGUCAAGGGGCUCAAAAAGUUAGUUUUCUUAUUCUAUGGAAUUAAAAGUGCAUUUAAAGCUAAUUUAAAUUCUACUUUUCUAAGGUGCUCCUAGAAUUGUAAUUGUAGUCUCCAGACUUUUGUCAAGGUUCUCUCUAUCUACCUGCAAGCUUACCUGGAGCAAGACUGAAGCAAAGAAAGUUAUUUAUAAAUAUGAACUGCAUACAGGUUGUGUUUGACUUCAUAGUAUCUUGUUCAUUUCUAAAAAGCAUGAAAUGUGGCCCUGCAUGAUACAAAUAAGAGGAUAGUAUAAAAUUCCCAAGCCUGCAAAAAAGAAUUGCUUGUAUGCUUGCCUGCAUCGCUGGUUGCAUUCACUGUGUACAAGAUUAUUUAGGAAUUGAAGUACAUAAGGCAGAGGUCUUUCAGUGUUCCUGCUGAAUCCCUUCCCCUGAUGUUUGGUGGUGUUUAGUCCGUUCAGUUCUGUGCACAGACAAUGCUGGUGAUAUUUGCUAUUCAGUGGAAUCCCUUUAUUUUUUAUGCUUGUUUCCUUUGACUCAGCUUGUCAGCAGAAUCCUAUUGCCACUGCAAUUCAAACAAGUUUGGAUUACUGCAAAGGCAUGCCAGUUGUUUGCACAAAAAUGUCUUUGCCAUUGCUCAGAAUUAACGUCACACUCAGGCUGGCUCCGUGGGAGGUGCUGUUGAGGGAAGGAGCCAUCUCCCCUGCACUGUACUGUACAUGUUUUAUAACUGCUGGCAGUACAUGUACUGGUUUUACUUUCAGUUUUGCAUGAUUUUUCCACUUUAUUCAGACUCGAGGUUUUGUUUUCAUUUUAGUAUAUGAAGGGUUUUCCGGAGGAUGGUGAGAUGAAGUCCCAAAUAUCCUACAUUUUCUUCAAGAAGUAUAACAGACCUCAUCCCAUUUCCUCUUAAGUGUCUUAAAGACAUACUUCAGUUGCACCAAGAAGCAGCUAGCUUGAUGUUUCCUGAAGACUGUGACAUUUUUUGUUCUUAUAUUAGCCCUACCAUGCAUCUGAUCCUGAUUGAUGGUGGUUGUAUGAACCUUCUUCACGCCUUUCUGCUUCACAUAUUUUGAUUUCCUUACCCAGCGGUCAUUACUUGACCAAGAUUCCAAGGGAAAAGUCUGUAUUUGGGUUUUCAUAAUAACAUGUGAAAUUAUAUUCCUGGCAUGUUUGCAUUUUUGUUUUUAUUUUUUAGAAACACAUUUUUGUGUUGCCCCUCAUUAGUACAGUGAAGGAUUCAAAGAGGAAACACUAUAAUCUGAUGUGCCUGAUAGGUGUUUAGGAGGCUUACAAGGCAUAGAAAUGCCUUUAAUAAUAAGGUUUACAACUCAUACCAUGCUAAGUAUGAAGAUGAAAGAUAUAUUUUCAUAACAUUCCCUAUUCAUUUUUGGCUAGUGCUUGUUAUACACUAAUGCCUGCAGCUUAAUUUGCAAGAAACACAAUGUGGAUGCAGUCUUUUUACAGGACUAUACAGAUAAUUUGCUGCCCUUCAGCCUUGGAAUCCUUUAUAACUUAGUUUUAAUGUUUCUCCCUGGUAAGUUGGCGGGUGGGGCUGGUUUGUAUAAUACACCUGCACCAUUCUUGGUUAAUUAGUCCACUGCAAGCAGAGCCACGAGGAUAUUGCAGCUCAGCUGUGAGAAGCCACUGAAUGUAGAGAUUGCUGUCCAGUUUGGCUGUCUACAGAAGAGCCAUCUCUCCAAGAAGCCAAGAGUAUUUGCUGACACCUUUCCAAGUAGUAGCAAGCUGGAAGAAUGGAAAGAGACCAAAAGCCAGGACAUCCUACUCACUUCCUUGGGAAUGAGAAGGAAUUGGGCCUGUGUUAUGUUGGUGGGAGUAGUUUGCUUCAGUACUUCAGCUUAUUGCUGGAGAAUGACCUGUGAUGAUGAGUUUAUAAUUCUAAAUCUCUGGUCAGUUUGUAACAUCUAUAAAGUUUUGUUUCCACUUGAGAAUAAAAUUGUUAUACACAAUAA